AUGGCACGGCCAACCACCCAGCUGGCUGCCAGCGAGAAGCUCCAGGGCCAGCAGCUGCAUCCUGCUCCUCCCAUUGGUGUUCCAGGAGGGGGGAUGGUGAGCCUCAAGAGCCUGCUACAAGGGCCCAUCAAGGGGCAAGAGCGCAGGACCAAGGAGCUGUCCAACUGUAUCAUGAAGGAAAAGGAGAGAAAACUGGAAGAUGAAAUGGCCGGAUCUCGUCCUCACUGUGCAUUCUUAGGAUCACUUCUGUGGGAGCGCACUUUGCCAUACAAUGAGAUAGAAUAUGUUGACCUUGAUGAGUUCCUGUUGGAAAAUGGCCUGCCACCAAGCCCACCUCACCAGCCUUUCUCACCAGCUAACUUGACACCACCUCCAUCUAACCAGUCAGUCGUUGACCUCAGCCGACCAGCAUCCUGCGCCUCCUCUACCUCU